GGUUUUCGCAGAGGAGAAGCCGCACGGAACUAUCUGUCGAUCGCGUAGGAAACGGCGCAGCGCAUCACCGCGUGAACUCCCCUUAACCCCCGUCUAGAUUGCCGACCAAUCAGGAGAUACCGUCAUGUAGCCCGUUAGGGGCGGCGUAGUGAUACUUGACUGAGACAAGCGGCAGAGAGGCUCGUACAUCGAGAGAGAACGGUGGACUCCAUUGCUGUCCCGAGUGCGUUUCUCGUCGGCUGUGUCGUAUUGCGUGUCUGUCCGUGCUUUCGUGCACAUAAGUUUUCUUCCCACAUUGGAGAUAUUGUGAAUAAUAUCCUUUGUGUUUAGUGCCUAAACGAUAUUUGAAAUCGUCAAACGUAUCAAGACGUAAAAACGAGCCAAAAUGGCUGAUCAACUCACGGAAGAACAAAUUGCAGAAUUUAAGGAAGCAUUUUCGCUAUUUGAUAAAGAUGGAGAUGGUACUAUCACAACUAAAGAGUUGGGUACAGUUAUGCGAUCACUAGGUCAAAAUCCCACAGAAGCUGAACUUCAGGAUAUGAUUAAUGAAGUCGAUGCAGAUGGUAAUGGCACAAUUGAUUUUCCGGAAUUCUUAACUAUGAUGGCUCGUAAAAUGAAAGAUACUGAUAGUGAGGAAGAAAUUAGGGAGGCCUUCAGAGUAUUUGAUAAGGAUGGAAAUGGUUUCAUAUCUGCAGCAGAACUCAGACAUGUUAUGACAAAUCUUGGCGAGAAACUCACUGAUGAAGAAGUUGAUGAAAUGAUUCGAGAGGCUGACAUCGAUGGUGAUGGCCAAGUUAAUUAUGAAGAAUUCGUCACAAUGAUGACAUCAAAGUGAAUGCAACCUGUGUAAUGGAAAAACUUGCAACUUGGAGUGGUGUUGACGUAUUAAGAUAAAUCAAGAACAAAGAAAAAUAUAAUGUUAACAAAAAACGAAUCGACCAGAAAGUGAAAAAAAUCUUGUAUCUGGACGCAAAGAUGUCUAUAAAACGCGAAAAAUCAACGUCCAACACGCGUUAAUCAUUAACGAUAAGUAAUACAGGGCAAUUGUUUAAUUAAAAGAAUUAUACUAAAAUCAUUAUCUCUAAAUACACAAAACUUAAUUACACAA